AUGAAUGUCUCAAGGUCGGCUGCAAGGUCUUCGAGAUGGUCGAAGCCCAUUGAGCAAUUCCUACGGGAAUCUACACAAACGUCACCGAGACGGGGGUGUGCUUCCGCAACAAGAGUCACGGCUAUACAGAAUGCACAACAACCACGUCAGCAACGGUUGGCAGGACAAGCAGGCGGUUAUGGCAGAGUCGAACAGAGAAGAGCGUUUUCAUACUCGCCGAUAUCUUUACACGGGCAUCUUGAUCCGCCAAAGCCGGGAGAAGAGCUACACGUUACCUUCAUAGACAAGGACGGGGAUGAGCAGACUUUCGUAGUCGCAAAGGGAGACAAUCUCUUGGAUAUCGCUCAAGCCAACGAUGUUGAGAUGGAGGGCGCAUGUGGAGGCUCUUGCGCAUGCUCAACGUGCCAUGUCAUAAUCGAGGAUGAGGGAUUGUACGAUAAGAUGGAGGAGCCUGAUGAUGACGAGAACGACAUGUUGGACCUUGCCUUCGGCCUGACCGAAACAUCACGACUGGGUUGCCAAGUGAAGAUGAACAAGGAGCUUGAUGGAUUGAGGGUCAAGCUACCAUCGAUGACAAGAAACCUACAGGCAAGCGAUUUCAGCCAAAAGAACGAGAGAUCUGAUAAUUAG